AUGGCAGAGACCCUUCGCACGGUUGUAGCUGCUAUUGGGAAUGUUGCAUCAGUGUCUGUCUCUCUAUGCCACCAACGGUUACCUUCAAAAGGGAUAAAUAAAGAACAAAAGCACAGAAGAAUUUUCAUGCAUUCCUUACAUCAUAGCACUGAUGAACUGUCUCCUUUUCACUUGGUGAAGGUGGCCAUGAUAGCUGUACCAGUUGGUAUACUGUUCUGUAUCAUUGCUAUCGUAUCAUCUUUUUCCUUCCACGAUCAUCGACACCGAAAGCUUCUUGUGGGUAGCAUACCCUUGGGGAUUUCAAUAGCAAUGUACUCAUCCCCUUUGGUUGCAAUGGUGAGCCAUCUUUCUCUUCCACCGCACCGCAACUUUUCCUUGUAA